UGGACUCAAACUCAGUUUUCAUAGAAUUCUCACAGUGCGAAUCAAUAGAAAUAGAAGAAACAAUAGUUUCUCUCCCUGCAAAGUGGCUAGAAAGAUGGCUAUUGGGGAGGAGCAGAUGAGGAUUGUGAAAAGCACGUGGAAAAUCGUGGCGGCCAAGGCGCCCACGGACACUGGAGCUGCGAUUCUACUGCGUCUCUUCGAGAAGUAUCCGCACAAUCAGAACUACUUCGCGUUCCGCGAUGUGCCGCUGACUUCUCUGAAGGGCAGCUGUCUCUUCAGAUCCCACGCGGGGCGGAUUGUGGAGGUCUUCCAGCACACCAUCGACGCCUUUGACACGCCAAACGCCAUGACCGCAAUUGUGGACAUCUGGAGUGACAUCGCGCGGACUCACUCCAGCAGGAUGAUCAAGAAGCAGUCGUACGAUGAGCUGAAGGAAGUGCUGCUGGAGGUCCUGACUGAGAUGUGCAAGCUGGAUCUGGAGCAAAAGACAGCUUGGAGUGUGACUUUGGACACACUCUUUAGCAUCGUGUCUGAGAAACUCUUAAAACUAUCGAGUGAGUGA